CGGAGACAGGAGGGGGGUGGAGGGUUUGGCACAGGGUGGUGGCCCAAAGUGAUGUCUGUGGCAGGCUGGCCUGGGGCAGAUGCUGGAGAAACAGACCUGCCCGGCAGGCCUGGAGCUGCGAGGAGAAAUGAGAGGAAGCAGGACUAGGGGCUGGGCUGGAAAUCUGGGGUGGGGGAGAGGUCACAGGAACAGAGACCAAGAUGCAGGGGUUUGCAGCCCCGCUGGCGGGGAGCCCGGUGAUGCUGCCCAGGCUGUGAACAGGGAAGGCAGCGCUGUGGGGGCUGCUGGCAGCCGGGGCUGGGGAGAGACAUGUGGACACGUGGCCUCUAUGGCUCCUGCCUGCCAGAUCCUCCGCUGGGCCCUCGCCCUGGGGCUGGGCCUCACAUUCGAGGUCACACACGCCUUCCGGUCUCAAGAUGAGUUCCUGUCCAGUCUGGAGAGCUAUGAGAUCGCCUUCCCCACCCGAGUGGACCACAACGGGGCCCUGCUGGCCUUCUCGCCCCCAACCCCCCGGAGGCAGCGUCGGGGCACCGGGCCCCAAGCAGAGUCCCGCCUUUUCUACAAGGUGGCUGCGCCCAGCACCCACUUCCUGCUGAACCUGACCCGCAGCCCUCGCCUCCUGGCAGGGCACGUCUCUGUGGAGUACUGGACUCGAGAGGGCCUGGCCUGGCAGAGGGCUGCCCGGCCCCAUUGCCUCUACGCCGGCCACCUGCAGGGCCAGGCCGGCAGCUCCCAUGUGGCCAUCAGCACCUGUGGGGGCCUGCAUGGCCUGAUUGUGGCAGACGAAGAAGAAUACUUAAUCGAGCCUCUGCAAGGUGGGCCCAAGGGGCAUCGGGGCCCAGAGGAGAGUGGUCCCCAUGUGGUGUACAAGCGUUCCUCCCUGCGUCAUCCCCACCUGGACACAGCCUGUGGAGUGAGAGAUGAGAAACCGUGGAAGGGGCGGCCGUGGUGGCUGCGCACCCUGAAACCGCCACCUGCCCGGCCCCUUGGGAAUGAAACAGAGCGUGGCCAGCCAGGCCUGAAGCGCUCGGUCAGCCGAGAGCGCUAUGUGGAGACCCUGGUGGUGGCUGACAAGAUGAUGGUGGCCUACCACGGGCGCCGAGACGUGGAACAGUAUGUGCUGGCCAUCAUGAACAUUGUUGCCAAACUUUUCCAGGACUCGAGUCUGGGCAACAUCGUUAAUAUCCUGGUAACACGCCUCAUCCUGCUCACAGAGGACCAGCCCACCCUGGAGAUCACCCACCAUGCUGGGAAGUCCCUGGACAGCUUCUGUAAGUGGCAGAAAUCCAUCGUGAACCGCAGCGGCCAUGGCAAUGCCAUUCCAGAGAACGGCGUGGCCGACCAUGACACGGCGGUGCUCAUCACGCGCUAUGACAUCUGCAUCUACAAGAACAAACCCUGCGGCACACUAGGCCUGGCCCCCGUGGGCGGGAUGUGUGAGCGAGAGAGAAGUUGUAGCAUCAACGAAGACAUCGGCCUGGCCACGGCGUUCACCAUCGCCCACGAGAUCGGACACACGUUUGGCAUGAACCACGAUGGCGUGGGGAACAGCUGCGGGGCCCGUGGCCAGGACCCGGCGAAGCUCAUGGCCGCGCACAUCACCAUGAAGACCAACCCGUUUGUGUGGUCCUCCUGUAGCCGUGACUACAUCACCAGCUUUCUGGACUCGGGCCUGGGGCUCUGCCUGAACAACCGGCCGCCCAGACAGGACUUCGUGUACCCAACAGUGGCCCCUGGCCAGGCCUACGAUGCAGAUGAACAGUGCCGCUUCCAACAUGGAGUCAAAUCGCGUCAGUGUAAAUACGGGGAGGUCUGCAGCGAGUUGUGGUGUCUCAGCAAGAGCAACCGGUGCAUUACCAACAGCAUCCCGGCCGCCGAGGGCACGUUGUGCCAGACGCACACCAUCGACAAGGGGUGGUGCUACAAGCGGGUCUGCGUUCCCUUUGGGUCGCGGCCGGAAGGCGUGGACGGCGCCUGGGGCCCAUGGACCCCGUGGGGCGACUGCAGCCGGACGUGCGGCGGCGGCGUGUCCUCCUCCAGCCGUCACUGCGACAGCCCCAGGUCAGCCCUCAGGCCCUUCUGCCGGGAGAGCAGGGCGGUCCUCGCCCCCUACUCUCGCUGCCCAAUUUCUUUCCUGUACGCCCCCACUUUCAGGCCGACGAUCGGGGGCAAGUACUGCCUGGGCGAGAGACGGAGGCACCGCUCCUGCAACACUGACGACUGUCCGCCAGGCUCCCAGGACUUCAGGGAAAUGCAAUGCUCUGAAUUUGACAGCGUCCCCUUCCGGGGAAAAUUCUAUACCUGGAAGACGUACCGGGGAGGGGGCGUGAAGGCCUGCUCACUCACAUGCCUAGCAGAAGGCUUCAACUUCUACACGGAGAGGGCAGCAGCCGUGGUGGACGGGACACCCUGCCGCCCAGACACGGUGGACAUUUGUGUCAGCGGCGAGUGCAAGCACGUGGGCUGCGACCGGGUCCUGGGCUCUGACCUACGGGAGGACAAGUGCAGAGUGUGCGGGGGUGACGGCAGCGCCUGCGAAACCAUCGAGGGGGUCUUCGGCCCAGCCUUGUCUGGGGCCGGGUACGAGGAAGUCGUCUGGAUCCCCAAAGGCUCCGUCCACAUUUUCAUCCAGGACCUGAACCUCUCCCUCAGUCACCUGGCCCUGAAGGGGGACCAGGAGUCCCUGCUGCUGGAGGGGCUGCCUGGGACCCCUCAGCCCCACCGCCUGCCCCUGGCCGGGACCACCUUUCAGCUGCGACAAGGGCCGGAUCAGACCCAGAGCCUAGAAGCCCUGGGACCCAUUAACGCAUCUCUCAUCAUCAUGGUGCUGGCCCGGACUGAGCUGCCUGCCCUCCGAUACCGCUUCAAUGCACCCAUCGCCCGCGAUGCACUGCCUCCUUACUCCUGGCACUAUGCACCCUGGACCAAGUGCUCAGCCCAGUGUGCAGGCGGCAGCCAGGUGCAGGCCGUGGAGUGCCGAAAUCAGCUGGACAGCUCAGCCGUGGCCCCCCACCACUGCAGCGCCCACAGCAAGCUGCCCAAGAGGCAGCGCGCCUGCAACACAGAGCCCUGCCCACCCGACUGGGUCGUAGGGAACUGGUCGCGCUGCAGUCGCAGCUGUGAUGCGGGCGUGCGCAGCCGCUCCGUCGUGUGCCAGCGCCGCGUGUCUGCCGCAGAGGAGAAGGCGCUGGACGACAGUGCCUGCCCGCAGCCGCGCCCACCUGUGCUGGAGGCCUGCCACGGCCCCGCCUGCCCACCGGAGUGGGCCGCCCUCGACUGGUCGGAGUGCACCCCCAGCUGCGGGCCAGGCCUCCGCCACCGUGUCGUCCUUUGUAAGAGCGCAGAUCACCGCGCCACGCUGCCCCCCGCGCACUGCCCGCCCGCGGCCAAGCCGCCGGCCACCAUGCGCUGCAACCUGCGCCGCUGCCCGCCGGCCCGCUGGGUGGCGGGGGAGUGGGGCGAGUGCUCCGCGCAGUGCGGCUUCGGGCAGCAACAGCGUCCGGUGCGCUGCUCCAGCCACACAGGGCAGCCCUCGCGCGAGUGCGCGGAGGCCCUGCGGCCACCCGCCACGCAGCAGUGCGAGGCCAAGUGUGACAGCGCGCCCCCCGGGGACAGCCUGGAAGAGUGCAAGGAUGUGAACAAGGUCGCCUACUGCCCCCUGGUGCUGAAAUUUCAGUUCUGCAGCCGAGCCUACUUCCGCCAGAUGUGCUGCAAAACCUGCCAGGGCCGCUAGAGGGCGCGCGGCCUUCGGAGCCAAGGCUGGGCGCCGGCUGCGGGCGGCGAUGGGGUGGGGGGCCCAGGCCUGCAGCUGGCCAGCCCGGAGGAGCCCGAAGGGGGAGGAGCUGGGAGCGAAGGGUGAGAUGGAGCCGGAAGUUAUUUAUUGGGAACUCCUGCGGGGCUCCUGGCGGGGGGCGGGGGGGAGGGGCGGGGAUGGAGAGGGGCUGGCCACGCCCACGGCCCCUCCUCUGCUUGUCUCCCAGUUCAGAAUGAGAACCCCUCCAGGGUGGGUUUGGGAAUAACAGUUCGCCCUAGCGCUCUUUCUACCCACCCAUAGGGAGAUGCCCCAACGCAACCCCCGCCUUUGAUCGGAAUAUGUACUGUGAAGAGUGGGGGUGGGGAGGGGGUUAGCCGGUGCCCUGCCCCCGCCCCCAGCACUGCCCUACCCCUCCACUCUGAUCUGGGGGGGUAUCUAUGUCGCUAUGGGGGAGGGGAUUAGCACCAUCUCCCUGACACCCUCCCCCUGACCAGACCAGCUACAGGGGGGGAGGCAGAGCUGGGAAGAUCCACCGCGACCUCUGCGCUGCCUGCCCUAGGGGGACCACGUCAUCCAGGCCACCCCCAUCAUGGUGCUACAGGCCCUGCCAUGGGGCCCACACACCCCUCGCCAGGAAGCCCUACAUCAAUAAAGUUCUGUCUUGUGUAGA